AUGCCAACGAGUCAGCAUCAUUUCGUUAAGACAGACAUUUUGGAGUUAAGAUCUCUGAUUGAGAAGAAGAUUGGUCGGGUCAAAACUGAAACCUAUCUGAAUCUCUUGUCGAAAUUCUUGAGCUUGAAAAUCAGCAAAUAUGAUUUCGAUAAGCUAAUCAUUGCAACUGUGAAGAAGGAGAAUAUCAGUCUACACAAUGCUUUGCUUAGAGGGAUUAUUAAGAAUGUAUGUCAAUCAAAGACACCUCCAUUAGAGAAGGAGAAGAAGCAAUUGAAUGGUGUUUUUCAGACAAGUCUUGGUUUCAAAUCUUUGUGUAAAGACUUACCUAAAUCGCCUCGUAAAGGAAGGACUCAAGUUCGGAGGUUUAAGGAUUGUAAUGGAAGCAAAGGAAAGAGUCAGAUCACUGAGGUUGUUUCUUCUAGUUGUAGACAACAACAAUGGUCAAUGGAAGAUGGCGAAGAAGUUGACCAAUUGAUUCGAUGUUGGAAAAGUCAACCUAUUGAAGCUCCCUUUGGUGUUAACCUGAGAGAUGUGAUAAAGAAACAGGUUCGGAUAAGGACUUGUUACUCUUCUGGUGAGCUUCCUGACUCUGUUUCUUUAAAGAAGAAACUCGAAGAUGAUUCGAGUAUAAUGGAGGAAGGUUUAGAGGUUUCGGUUGGGUUUGUUAACUCGUUAAACGCGGGGCUCGAUCUUUUCUUGAAGAGAUUGAUCAAACCGUGUCUAGAAUUAGCGGCUUCGAGGUCUAGUAGCCGAGGAGAAGUACGUUCUUCAGCAUUUUCUCUGGUAGAUUUUCAAGUAGCUAUGGAGUCGAAUCCGUUGAUACUCGGGGGAAAUUGGUCUGCAAAGCUUGAGAAGAUCCGGUUAGUUACAUCAGAUUUGCCUGCAGAUUAA